UGACGUUUACAUUAUUUAACUUUUAUCGAUAAGAGAGCGAGUUGUUUUUUAAUUUUUUCCACGCUUUUUGUGGUAUCGAUUUCACGGAAAAUGGAGUUUAGAUUUAACGUCAACGAAGUGUUGAAAACACCUCUGGUUAAAAUCGGCAAUUCACUCAUACCAUCGGAUUAUGCCGGACCCAGGAGGAUGUUGUACGACACCAUUUCAAAGGUUGGUGAAAUUGUAAACGAAAUGGGAUCGGCUUCCGCUAAAUCUCAGGGUUUGCUCAGACCGUUGACUACCACAGACAAACUGAAAAAUUCCCAGCACGACCUUUACUUAGCCGUGGAUCAAACAGCGAAUUACGGAAGAGGAGCAGUCGCGGGAAUGUUAAAAACAGGAAAGAAAAGCUUGUACGUGUUGGACAGAUUAGGCAGGGAGUACCAAGUCAAGGCGCCUUUUCUGUUCGAUUUCUACGUGCCGGAGAACAAGCAGCGAAUGGGCUGGGGUAAAUUCUUGUACGACAGUCUGCUGUGGCAGAACGAUCUGGAACCGGCGAAAAUAGCCUACGAUCAACCGACCGACGCCUUGUCGAAUUUCCUCAGCAAGCAUUACGGCCUGAGCGAUGCGGUCAAGCAGCCCACCAGGUUUGUCGUUUAUGAUGGAUUUUUCUCCAACGAAGAGGGCCAGCCGAUGGAAACUACCAAAAGUGAAAUAGUCGAAGACGAUUUCGAAGAAGACAAAAUUCCUCUGGGGAGAUCUAGGAGAAAUCCUAAGUACGAAUUAGUUAUACCUGACGAGGAUGAAGAAGAGAUGUAUAGACCUAAAAAUCUUUUAGAAUAAAAAUGUAUACACCUUUGGGAUUUAUUAAAUAAAUAUACGACUUUU